CUACUACCACGUGGCACGUACCGUCCGUUAUAAUAAAUUAAUAUAUACUACAUAGUACAUAGUAAAAGCCAAAAGGUCUAUGGCUAAAACCUAAUUUGAUAUUAAAACGUUUCAUUGAAGUUUUCUGCCUUUUUAUUUAAUCUCUUUUUUAUGUUGCGUAUUUUGAUUUAUUUCGGCGAUAAUGUUAUCAAAAUACCGCUCUACGCCUUCGAUUACAAAAAUUGAUACUAUAUUAAAACGGAUAUCAGACAAUUUUUCUGAAAUGUAAUGUGACAACAUUGACAAUCGGUUACUGAGUCAAGCGAGUCGCAGGUACACCAAUGCAUGAGAGUGAGGAGUGAUCCUCAUUAAGCGUGUUAACUGUGCAGGACGCCAGGACCGAUCUUUGUGAUUAUUAUUAAUGUUUUUUAUUGAUUGUAAACAAUAGUAUACAAUUGUUCUCGUUAAAGUAUUGCACCUCAAUUUUGUAUUCAUAAGUGUUGGUCCUUUGAUCGAUAUACGGUCCCGACAUUAAAAGUAUUAAUAGAAAAACAUGAACAUCGAGAAGAUAGAAAGAGAGAACACUGAGGCCAAGAUUAACGAGAAUGACAAUUGUGAUGGUCCCAAUUCCAUGUAUGUCAAGCUAAUCUCAAGCGAUGGACUGGAGUUCAUCAUCAAGCGGGAAUACGCCUUGGCGUCAGGAACAAUCAAAGCCAUGUUGAGCGGACCCGGUCAAUUUUCAGAGAAACAAACAAACAUAAUCCAUUUUAGGGAGAUACCAUCGUAUGUGUUGGUUCUUGUUUGUAUGUACUUCACGUACAAAGCUUAUUAUAAAGACUGUUCGGGUGAAGUACCAGAGUUCUUUAUCAAGCCACAAGAUGCUUUAGAAAUAAUAAUGGCUGCCAACUUUUUAGAAUGUUAACUGUCUUCAAAGACUGAAUAUUCAAACUCUUGUUAGUAUAAUAAUAAUAAGAUUUUAAGUUUAUACAACUACUAUCAAUUAUGUAUCUUCCUACUUUUAAAAAACAAUUUUUUUUACUCGAAAAUAAUAAUAAUACAACUAUGUAACAGAUUAG